UUACAUUUUCCGCUUCCGGCUCCAGACAACGUUUUUCUUAUACAUUUUGUUUAUCUAUUAAACACAAAUAAAAAUGUCAUUAUUACCAAAAAUAAGAACAAUUAUCAAUAAUGUAAUAUGUUCAUCAAAUAUUCCCCUUGGCAUACGAGGAACUAUUUACGGAUCGGUUCGUGGUUUCUCCAAAGACAAUGAAAUUGAUAUUACAAAUCCACAAACAGAAGACUUUCCUAUUGAACUCGACAAAAAUCCAUAUGAAAAACCAAAAAUACAAUGCAUUUUAUGUAAACAUAACAUAAAUCCAGAUUAUAAAAAUGUUCGACUAUUGUCACAAUUUCAAAGUAGUUACACUGGGAGAAUUUAUGGACGUCAUAUAACUGGUUUAUGUGCAAGAAAACAAAAAUUGGUAGAAAGUGAAAUUACAAAAGCUCAAAAUGCUGGUCUAAUGCCAUAUAUGACAAAAAUAAUAGAUUUCGUUAACGAUCCACAAUUAUUCAAUCCUGAUCAUCCCUCUAGACCUCAUUCUUAUUAAACAAAAAUUUUUGUUAGAAGUAAUUAGGUUUACUGUAAAGAAUAAAAAAUUUGAUAUUACAAAAUUAA